AUGAGUGUCAACGAGAACACGCCCUCGGGCCCGGGUUACAACAUUGUCACGCUCAUGAAGCGGUUGGAAGCGGCGACUUCGCGGUUGGAAGAUCUGACUGUUUAUCAUUCGGAGGCGCUGAGUAGGUCGGCUUUGGGUACAGCUGCUGGAGUCACGGCAGAGAAGAGAGCUGAGGCAGCGGCUGGUUCUGAUGCCGGAAGUGCUGUGGGUGAGAAGGGAGUGGGUUCGGGUGCUGAUUCUAUUGCUACUUCUCCUACUGAUACAAGUGGUUCUGGAGGCGUGGGAUCGACACCAGCUGCUAAAUCUGUUGAUUCGCCCUCUUCGUCUCCUAUUAUUGAAGAGUUCGAGACGAUUAUCAAGACCGGACUCACUCAAUUGCUGGCUUUGAGUAAGAGUUUGGACCCGUUGAUUGAGGAACAGGUGAUUCCUCUUUUGAGAGCUUUUGAGGCCGAGAGAGAUUUCUUGAUUGUGUCACUUAAAGCAUCGAAACCAGAUGUGUCGUCAAAGACGUUUUCUGAACUGUUUGCUCCUAUUCAACAGCAUGCAGAAACCAUUAUUAACAUCCGUGAGACCAAUCGAGGCUCGAAAUUCAUUAACCACUUGGCAACUGUUGCAGAAGGCAUUCCUGCUCUUGGUUGGGUCACUGUUGACUCGCCUGUUGAUUAUAUCAGUGAUUUCAAAGACAGUGCCCAAUUCUAUAGCAACCGGAUUCUCAAGGAGUAUAAGGAUGUGGAGAAGAAACAUGUCGAUUGGGCUCGUACCUUCUCCAGUGUCAUUGUCGAUUUACAGUCGUUUGUUCGUAAACAUUAUCCCAAGGGUCUUCAAUGGAAUGAAAACGGUAAACCUUUAGAUGUUGUUAUUAAAGAGAAGAACGAAGAGGGUGCUAGUACCUCUGUUAUCGCUACUCCAGCUGUCACUCCUCCUGACUCUACAUCUGGUGCUGCUAAGACUGGUGGUGCACCACCCCCUCCUCCACCACCUCCAGCUUCUUUGUUCACUGACGACGCCAAAUCUGGUCCAGAGACUGAUUCGUCGAGCAGUUCUGGCGGUGGUAUGAACGCGGUAUUUGCUGCUCUUAACCAAGGAGAAGGUAUUACCUCGUCAUUGAAGAAGGUCGAUAAGAGCGAGAUGACUCAUAAGAACCCAGCACUUCGUGCCGGUGCAAAUGAAGCUUCAAAGGUCAAGAAAUCACCUCCUCCACCCAAGAAACCCGCCAGUCUCGCUGCUGGAGCACCAUCUGCUGCUAGUAACGUUCAAUCCAAGAAGAAGCCUGCUCAUAAAGAGCUCAUUGACACUAAAUGGAUUGUUGAAUACUUUGAAAAUGAGCACAAGAUUGUUAUUGAGGGUGAAAUGAACCAAGGAGUGUUCAUCGACCGCUGUUCCAACUGUACCAUUCAAAUCAAGGGCAAAGUCAGUGCCAUCACCAUCAACGAAUGUUCUAAAGUGGGUGUUCUAUUUGAGAACCUUGUUUCUGGUGUCGACGUGAUCAAAUCUACUGGAUUCGGGCUUCAAGUCACCGGCAGCAUGCCCACUCUGACCAUCGACCAGAGUCACGAAGGACAAAUCUACCUCAGCGAGGAGUCUCUCAAUGUCGACAUCUACACCUCGCAGACCUCGGCCAUCAACAUCGAAGUGCCCAGAAACGCUGAAGAGGGCGACUACUCCGAAACGCCUCUCCCCGAGCAAGUGGUCCACCGCAUCGGUCCUAACGGCCAGCUCACCAGCACCGUUGUCGCUAUAGAUGGUUAA